UAAAAUAAUUUCAGGCAACAUCUUCAAGAUCGGACCUCACCAAACCGCAAAUGGGCCGGUUCAUUUUUGUUACACCUCCGGUUCAACCCGGGUCAUGAAUGGUUGAACCGCUCAGCCGUUCAGCCGCCUUCAAGACCUCCCUCUGCGCCCACAAAUCAACCUUCCAUUCGGCUGAGAGCCGCCUCACUCUCCGGCGAUAUCUGGGGCAAUGGUUCCGGCGACCACUCUUGAAACAAGGGAAUAGCUAAAUUGAGUGGAGCAUUGUUGUUAGUUCCUUAUGGUUGUCAAUUAACUGAACUUAUCCUCAAUGUUGAGAAAUAAAAAUUGAGGUUUCUGACAGUCAAUCUCACGUGCUCAUUGUGACUCAUGUUUCAAAUGCCAGUGCAGUCAUGUGGUGGAACAUCUACAGUGUAUGCCUCAUCCAUCUUAUUUUCUUCCAAAGGGCCUUUUUGUGUCCCAAAUCCAAAGAUUCAUACCUAAAAAAUGGAAACAAAGUAUCAAACCAGUAGAUAUUCAACAUGUUCAUCCAUCUGCAUCCUGCAAUGCACUAGAAUCUGCCCAAGAGACAUUCACAAGUGUUGAUGCAUCUAUGAUAGAUUCCCUUCUCACAUCCUUGAAGGAGUUUACAAGCCGAGGCAAUCUAUUGGAUGCCUUCAAAACUGUCUCUUUGAUUAGACUCCAUGCUUCUUCUGCUUCUCAGGACCUCAUUGUACACCCCAUAUCUUCUCUUUUAUCAUCAUGUACUGAUGUCAAAUCCCUUGCAGAGGGUCGACAGCUCCAUGGCCACAUUAUAUCUUUGGGUUUUGAACAACAUCCCAUUUUGGUUCCUAAGCUUGUCACCUUCUACUCAGCCUUUAAUCUCCUGGUUGAUGCCCAUGUUAUAACUGAGAAUUCAAAUAUUUUGCAUCCUUUUCCUUGGAAUCUGCUUAUCUCUUCCUAUGUUAGAAAUGGGUUUUGUCAGAAGGCUCUGUCUGCCUAUAAACAAAUGGUGAAGAAAGGGAUUAGACCAGAUAAUUUCACUUAUCCAUCUGUUCUCAAGGCUUGUGGUGAAGAACUUGAUUUGGGCUUCGGAAAGGAGGUUCAUGAGUCCAUCAAUGCUAGUCGUAUUAAGUGGAGCUUGAUUGUGCAUAAUGCAUUAAUUUCCAUGUAUGGUAAGUGUGGGAAGGUGGGUAUUGCUCGUGACUUGUUUGAUAAAAUUCCAGAAAGGGAUGCAGUUUCUUGGAACUCAAUGAUUUCAGUUUACGCCUCCAUGGGUAUGUGGAAUGAAGCAUUUGAGCUUUUUGGAAGCAUGUGGGCAGAGGAUAUUGAAUUGAACAUUAUUAUUUGGAAUACCAUAGCUGGGGGUUACUUGCGGACAGGUAAUUAUAAGGGUGCACUAGAAUUGCUUUCUCAGAUGAGAAAAUGUGGCAGUCAUUUGGAUUCUGUGGCAUUGAUCAUUGGUUUGGGUGCAUGUUCCCAUAUUGGGGAUGCAAAACUGGGGAAAGAGAUCCACAGUUUUGCAAUCCGUAGUUGUUUUGGUGAGGUUGAUACUGUAAAAAAUGCGUUAAUCACUAUGUAUUCUAGGUGUAAGGAUCUCAAGCAUGCAUAUUUGUUAUUCCAAUUGAUGGAAGCUAAGAGUUUAAUUACCUGGAACUCCAUAAUUUCUGGUUGCUGUCAUAUGGAUCGAUCCGAGGAAGCCUCCUUCCUUUUAAGAGAGAUGUUGCUUUUUGGCAUUGAACCAAAUUAUGUGACAAUUGCAAGCGUUCUUCCUCUCUGUGCUCGAGUAGCAAAUUUGCAACAUGGGAAAGAGUUCCACUGCUACAUGACUAGGCGUGAGGAUUUCAAGGAUCAUCUGUUACUAUGGAAUGCUCUUGUGGAUAUGUAUGCAAGAUCAGGAAAAGUUUUAGAAGCUAGAAGAGUGUUUGAUAUGUUGGGCGAGAGGGAUAAGAUGACUUAUACCUCCAUGAUUGCUGGAUAUGGGAUGCAAGGAGAGGGACAGGCUGCAUUAAAACUGUUUGAAGAGAUGAACAAUUUCCAGAUCAAACCUGAUCAUAUAACCAUGAUUGCAGUUCUAUCAGCAUGCAGCCAUUCAGGUCUUGUAACUCAAGGUCAACUGCUUUUUGAAAAAAUGAGGAGUCUCUAUGGUCUUACUCCACAUUUAGAGCACUUUGCUUGCAUGACUGAUCUUUUUGGUAGGGCAGGUUUAUUAAAUAAGGCAAAGGAAAUAAUUAGAAAUAUGCCUUACAAGCCAACUCCUGCUAUGUGGGCCACUCUCAUAGGAGCCUGUCGGAUUCAUCGAAAUACAGAGAUAGGGGAAUGGGCAGCUGAAAAACUGUUGGAAAUGAAGCCUGAAAAUCCAGGAUACUAUGUGUUGAUUGCUAACAUGUAUGCUGCUGCUGGGUGUUGGAACAAGCUUGCAAAGGUGAGAAUUUUCAUGAGGGAUUUGGGUGUGAGAAAGGCUCCUGGAUGUGCUUGGGUUGAUGUAGGCACUGGGUUUUCUCCCUUUCUGGUGGAUGACACAUCAAAUGCUAAUGCAGAUGAGAUUUAUCCUUUGUUGGAAGGAUUGACCAUGGUAAUGAAAGAAGCCGGUUAUAUUUCCAGUGAAGAUUUUGGUUCUGGUGAUGAAACUUCCGGGGAAUUCAAUGAGGAAAUGAAAUUAGUAUCAAACAAUAGAUGUUGAACUGAGGAGAUACAAAGAUCUUGACACAGGAGGGAGCUUGGUGCCAUCUGUGUGGAAGGGGCUAAUAUCCCAGAUUCUAAUUCUUAGGUAAGUGUCCAACCUUGCAGCAGAUGCCAAUUAAUUGCUUCAAAGUUUGGGAUUGAUUUGGCACUCAACCCCUUGACCAAUUGUGCUUCUUGUGCUUGGAGAGACGAUCAAUGCUUUCUUCCAUAGAAACAGGUGGGCACUUAUGGGCUAGCACAACAUUAUUCUCUUGAUGAUUACUGAAUCAUUAAUGAUGUUUUACAAUUUGAAAUAGAAAAGGUAUUACAUUGUAUUUUCAAUACGUAAUUGAUAAUAAAUUCAUAUAGCUAAGAGCUCUUGUGACUUAAUUAAUAUUAUGGAUAGCAUGCAUUUAAUUUUCUCUUGACUUCCUGGAGCAGUGGUUGGGUGGUUAGCUUGUAUUCAGAAAGUUUUGGAUUUGUAAGGCCAUUAGAUUAUUUCCCCAUAUCAAGAAAGGAGACUGUUUCUUCUCCUCCAAUUCACCUCUCACUAACUCGUGUGACAACUUUCAGCCUAUAAAAUCUAUCCUUGCUGCUGCAAUAAUUUUACUGAUGUCUUAUCAUCAAAAGGUUUUUCUUUCAACAAUUGAUUAUCAAUGGCUUGUGGAGAGAUUUUAAAUACCAUUUUAGAACAGUGGAAAAACUCCAAAAGUCUACUGAUGAAUGAGUUCUUGCAAUGGACAAGAAUUUCAAGAUCUUCUUGUCAGCUCUGAAGAUCUUUUUCUGGCAGCUUUAAAGAUUUUGAGGGCUUCUGCCAGGUUGUAAGAGACCAACUCAUCUUGAUAUUGAAGGGGCUUCUAAUGUUGGGAAGAGGGGCUGAACCACCUUAUCAGGUUGACAUGCAGGCACACUUGUGUUGGUAGUCUAUAUUCCUGCAAACCAUAUCAUAGUUGUUGAUCAGAUUAAUGGCUUAUAGGCUUACAGAGAAGUGAAAAUGUUGGUUGUAGUUGAGUUUUAAGAGCAAAGCAUAGCUGCUGAUAUGUAGAUCUUAGAUGGUAUAAUUUAAAUUGUUGAUGGUAAUCAAUCAAGCUUGAAAAUUUGAGUUUAUUUUGUCCUUAACUAAAAUUUUUUUGUAAAGGUUUGUUUUUGUCUUAAUGGUACUUAUGCUUUACGUGAUGUACAAGAAUCCUAUUUUCAAUUCCUUGAGUUUUUUUGGCAUCCCUGUCCCCUCUGCUUCCUCUAUUUUGAUGUCUUGAUUGUUUUCUAUAGAGUGGACCUACAUAGGUUAAAAUGUUUUGUUGAAUUGCUUCUGUAUAGUGUAUUGUCUUGUAAAACCAUUUCAUGACAUGACACUGAGUUGAUUAAAGAAACAAUUUAGCAAAAUAUUUUCUGAAGAAUUUUUUUUUUUGUGUUGUCCAGACAUGUUCUUAUAGAUUUUAUGAUUGUUGGUUUCCAUGGACAUGGCCUUAAUAUACUAGGAGAUGAAAAAUACCUUAAGGUUAUGUUUGGUUUCCGGAAAGUACUAAGAAAAGAAAAAACCACUCUCAUGUUUGGUUUUAUUAUGGAAAAUACGAAAGAAAAUCUAAUAUAGUCAAAAUUAGUUAAUAACUUACACAUUUUCAAAUGAUUUAAUCUUUAUAUGGAACAGUUAAAAUAAGUGUAAUGAGUUUGAAAUAGCAUAUACAAAUAAUUUAUUGACUUUAAAUUUAUUUUUUAUUUUUUAUUUUUCUUCAGUUUUUCUUUCCUUCUACUUUUCCUUUCUAUUUUCUUUCCCUUACAUUUUCCUUGGAAUUUUACGGGAACCAAAUGUAGCGUAAGUGGACACUUUCCUUGCCAAGAUUAAAACCCAACAACCAAGCUCGCUAAUAUCUCUGAAAUAUCAAUGCAUGUUUACUAUCUUUAAUUUGUUUCAUUUAUAUGCCCUAUAUAUUAGCUUUAAUAUUUGAAACUUGGAAUGUUGAGUCAGUUUAUUAUACACCUGACAAGGAGAGAUUGUUUUGCUAUCUGAUAGAUAUAGAAAAUGUAACAUGCAUAUUCAUCUUUGAUUACAGGUACAAUUCUGAAAGAGACCUUUCAUUUUUCACCAUUCCCCCGUUUCGGUUUUUCUUGUAUGCAUUGUUCUAUCUAUAUGAUUUUAUUGCUUUGCUCAUUGACAUAACUGCUUGUAUGCUACCUGUACAUACCAAAAUAUGCAUUAUCAGCUACUGGGAAAUUCCCAGAACAAUGAUUUUAUUGAUGCCAAAUGUGUAAUUCAAUUCCCAGAUUAUACCUUACGAGGAAAUUCUCAUUUACAGUCAACUAUUUGUCUUUUUCCAUUCAGGACCUCUAACCGAUGAAAGCUGCAACCCCUGCUGAAGGGAAGAGGCCUUCCAUUCUGUUGUUGUUUCCAUUGUUAAUUGCUUUGAAGAUGCUAAAGAGGAAGCAGAAGGAAGAAUGAAGAUCUGGCAAAGAAAAUAGAAUGCAUCAUUGGAUGUACGUAAGUGCCAUGUAACACCUACACGGCUGAGUAAAUUUAUUUUUUUUAUACCUGUUGAAAAAGGAGAAAAAUGAAAAAAAAUAAUAAAUUACUUUAUUUUGUUUUUCUGUGGUGGA